AUGGCCUUGACAGCCUCCUUCCUGGGCGGCACCACCCCCCUCUCCGGCCACCGGUCUUCAGCGACAACGUCCCACCGGAGACCACUUGUCAUCGCAAACACAGCCAGAGUAGGUGCAGAAAAAGAAGCAGUGAAGUCCUACUUGAGCUGUGAGAGCAAGGGAGAGGGCACCAGCAAUGGGAGGAGGGACUUGGUGUUUGCAGCUGCAGCUGCCGCCAUUUGCUCGGUGGCAGGAGCUGCGGUGGCGGAGGAGCUGAAACCGGGGAGCCCAGAAGCUCAGAAGAUCUAUGGGCCGGUGUGUGUUAGCAUGCCCACGGCUAGGAUCUGUCACAAGUGA